UCAGCUGCUGAUGUCAAAUGUUGACAAGCGACGAUACUCACUGAAAAGUCUCUCCUCGGAAAACUAGAAAUGGAGAGCAAUAGAGACGAGGCUGAAAGAUGCAUAGAAUUCGCAGAGAGAUUUAUCCUCGAUGGGAAAGUCGACAAAGCCGAAAAGUUUCUUAACAAGGCUGAACGUCUUUUCCCAACUCCACGAGCCAAAGAACUACUAGAGCGAGUGAAAUUUACUCAACAGUCUGGAGGGAAUGAAGGACCACAACAACGGAAGUCCUCUGCCUCAGCUCCGUCAAAUGAAUCUAGUUCGACCAAGAAGGAUACACCAUCUGCUGACUACAAUAAAGAUCAUGUAGAGGCAGUGAAAAGGAUCAAAAAGUGCAAAGAUUACUAUGAAAUAUUGGGUGUUGAUAAAGAGGCAACUGACAGUGAAAUAAAGAAGGCAUACAAGAAAUUAGCUUUACAGUUGCACCCUGAUAAGAACAAAGCACCGGGGGCUGCUGAGGCUUUCAAAGCUAUUGGAAAUGCUGUAGCUGUUCUUACAAAUGAAGAAAAGCGAAAACAGUAUGACCUGUAUGGAAGCUCAGAAGAAAGAGUCAGUCACUCACACAGUCAAGCCCAUGAAUAUAACUACAGUCGGGGAUUUGAAGCUGAUCUAACAGCUGAAGAACUAUUCAAUCUAUUCUUUGGUGGUGGAUUGCCAAGCCAAAAUGUUUAUGUUAGAAGGGGAGGUCGAUGGCAAAGGACAGCUGAACAUCAUAGCCACCAGCGGGGAGAACCAAGCAACUAUGGUGUUGCUAUGCAGAUGCUACCAAUUUUGUUGUUGAUUUUGCUGUCAAUGAUGAGUGGUUUCUUCAUAUCUGACCCUAUUUACAGCCUUCAACCCAGUAGCAAAUUCUCAGUUCCAAGGAAGACAAUGAACCUAAAGAUAUCAUACUAUGUAAAAGAAAAUUUCCACACAGAACAUCAAGGUAGCAUGAGGAGACUUGAAAUGUCUGUGGAAGAAGACUAUAUGCAAAAUCUAAGGCAAGCCUGCUAUAGAGAAAAGAACUACAGAGAAACUCUGUUUUGGAAAGCAAGAAACUUUGGUGACCGAGAUUUAUUUGAGAAAGCUCAGAAUAUGAGACUUUCAAACUGUGAACAACUACAAAACUUACAGGGAGUACAUUGAAACAUUUCAAGACUUUGAAGAAGGGUUGGAUAGCCUUGUUAAAGCGUCUUACUUUUGUUUGUAUAUUUUUUUUAUUAUUUUUUUUUUUGUUAUGAAAGGCACUCAAACAUUUAGUGUGGUGUAACAAUUAUCUUGCCUUCAGAUUUGUGAGAUGUGUUUUAUUUAGUUCAAUUUAAAUCUUCACAGCCACACCAUUUUCUUCUAGGUUAUAAAUAAACACAAUUUGGAAGUGAUACAAAUCUGGGGAGUGGUGCUUGCUCCCCUCUUUUGUUGAGACUGGAGUUACCUGUCAAAUAAUGGCUUAUGUUGUUAUUGUGUCUUACCAAUUUACUUUUUCCAUUAGUCUGUACACCUUGUUGGUUUCAAGCUGAAAGAGUCUUCUUUUAUGAGUGUUAAUGAGAUGAGUCAUUUUGUUUUGGCAUUUUCUGUUGCCACGUGUCAGUUGUAAGAUACUUUGUUGUAUGUAAUCUACUGUGAUGUGAAUUGUCAUGGGUUCAUUUUUACAAAAGUGAUCCAUAUGUUGAUUCUUUUGUACAUGAUUUUGUAACCUCAUAAUCUAAAUGAUGUUAUUGUAUUGCAGAGUCUCACAAUUAUUUUCAAUUUAUCAAGGAAUUUAAUUUAUAUCAAUUAAUUCCAUUCUUGCAUACAAUUUUUUUUCCUUCUUGAACUAGUGUCAUCUAAAACUUAGCUGGCGCUGAAAAGAAUUUACUUCAGAAACAUGUCUUGCUCAGCACUGGCCUAAAAUUAUGAAGCUUAUUCACAUGAUUAUGUAGUUAGCUUGUGCAUCAUAACACAAUUGUGAAACAUUGUUGUGCAAGUAUAUUUAAAGUUUGUGUGCCCAGAUUUUGUUUGUCAUUCUACAUUCUAUUUUUGUUUUCUUAAUUGCUCACUGGAGGCUAAGAAGAACUAGUUCCUACAUAUUUGCACUUGCAGUGUGUGAGAAACCAAGUUGUCUUGGUGAACAUUUCAUCCAUCUUCCAUAUUUAUUACAACAUACUCAUUUGUCCUUAUGCCAUACAUCAAUCGUUUGUAGUUGCUUAAAUUAUAUAGCUCGAUAAUUUGUUAGUUGUUGUGUUGUGAAAGUCAUUCAGCCUUUUACUAAAGGUUCCUGACCAAUUAUUGACGUAUUGAAAGUGGUGGGGUCGAUUCAUCGUAAAUCUUUCAAAUCUUAUGAUGUGGGCUCAUUUAAUGUGUGUGUUAUGUCCAAAGAUAUUGUUCCUUUUUUUUUUUCCCUUGAAUGAUCGCAUAUGAUUGCAUUUUUACUAGAUAGAAUUUGUAUGAGUAAGAAUAACCAUGAGAGUACAGUUCUGUACAGGACAUACAAACAUAUGUUUGUUUUAAAUGUUGUACCAAGGUCUCGCUUUCAUAAAAUUUGAAAUUCAGUUACAUCGUGAGGUAUGUAAACGAUUGUCACUACAGCUAUGUAUUUGUUGACAUAUUAUACUGUGAUGUAUGAUGCUUGUCUUAAAUUAUAUCAGAUUCAUAAUUCCUUUAAUGUGGAAAUAUUUUGUUUUAUGAAUAAGUAUGAUUUUAAUAAGUAUGAUCAGGAAAUGGGGUCUCCCUGCCUCUGGGAAUCUGGAUUUUGUCUUGUGAGGAAAUGAGUACGUUAAGGCUAAGAAAAUAAACCAAUUAGAGGUUUCCAAAUUCCCCUCGAGUGUAUUUAAUUUCCUCUCAAGUCUUGAUCCAACUUUAUGCACCCUUUAAACAAAAACUAUGUUUUAUCAAUUAUAUUGUGUUUCUGUUGUUGUAACCACUGUUUAUGACCACACAUAUUUGUUAUUCUCUGUUUUGCCCCUUGUGAUUAGGCUUACACAUUUAUAUCCCUUUUAAAAUUAUGAGAAUCUUGGCAAAAAAAAAAUUAGAUAACACCAUAUUAAAUCAUUUUUACUGAAAAA